AGUUUAUAAUAAGUAAACCAAAAAUAAGGAAAUUCUAUUUUAUAUUCUCUGACUAACAUGAGACAUUUUUGGUAAAAAUGAUUGGCAAACAUUUCGCACUUUUGGCAGUUGUUCUUGCAAAUAUCGACUAUGAAGUAUCAAGUCUUCCAUUAGAAUCUAGUGACAAUCUUCUGUCACCGGAUGUUUUGCCAAAUUUCAAUGGCGUUAUAGGCGGUGGUCAUUUAAAUUUAGAUGACAUUGAUACAUUAGCGCCAAGUGGACAUUUAGCUACGAAAAGAAAAGUAACUGAUUUCGAUGCCGCAACUGUUUUGGAAGUGUUAGAGAAAUUAAAAAAUGCCCUCGAUGCUGCGCAAUUUGACGAUGAAGAAGAAACUGAUGACACAUUUACUAGGAGAGCUAGUAAACAAUCGAAAAAUUCAAUAAAAAAUAAAAAUAAUAACAGUCAAUCAUCACAUAAGGUGAACAAUAAAAAUGAAUCUUCGAAAUCAUCCAGCUCAGGUGAUCAUAAAAACCAGUCAUCAAAGUCAUCAAGCUCAGGGAAUAACAAAAACCAGUCUUCAAAGUCUUCCAGCUCAGGGAAUAACAAACACCAGUCUUCAAGUUCUUCAAGCUCUGGUAAUAACAAAAACCAGUCAUCAAGUUCUUCCAGCUCAGGGAAUGGCAAAAAUCAGCCGUCAAAGACCUCCAGUUCAGGGAAUAACAAACACCAGUCAUCAAGUUCUUCCAGCUCAGGGAAUAGCAAAAAUCAGUCUUCAAGUUCUUCCACCUCAGGGAAUAACAAAAACCAGUCUUCAAAGUCUUCCAGCUCAGGGAAUAACAAAAACCAGUCUUCAAGUUCUUCCAGCUCAGGGAAUGGCAAAAAUCAGUCUUCAAGUUCUUCCAGCUCAGGGAAUAACAAAAACCAGUCUUCAAAGUCUUCCAGCUCAGGGAAUAACAAAAACCAGUCUUCAAGUUCUUCCACCUCAGGGAAUAACAAAAACCAGUCUUCAAGUUCUUCUAGCUCAGGGAAUAACAAAAACCAGUCUUCAAGUUCUUCUAGCUCCGGGAAUAACAAACACCAGUCUUCAAGUUCUUCAAGCUCUGGUAAUAACAAAAACCAGUCAUCAAAGUCUUCCAGCUCAGGGAAUAACAAACACCAGUCUUCAAGUUCUUCAAGCUCUGGUAAUAACAAAAACCAGUCAUCAAGUUCUUCCAGCUCAGGGAAUGGCAAAAAUCAGCCGUCAAAGUCCUCCAGUUCAGGGAAUAACAAACACCAGUCAUCAAGUUAUUCCAGCUCAGGGAAUAGCAAAAAUCAGUCUUCAAGUUCUUCCACCUCAGGGAAUAACAAAAACCAGUCUUCAAGUUCUUCUAGCUCAGGGAAUAACAAAAACCAGUCUUCAAGUUCUUCUAGCUCAGGGAAUAACAAACACCAGUCUUCAAGUUCUUCAAGCUCUGGUAAUAACAAAAACCAGUCUUCAAGUUCGUCCAGCUCAGGGAAUAACAAAAACCAGUCUUCAAAGUCUUCCAGCUCUGGUAAUAACAAAAACCAGUCUUCAAGUUCUUCUAGCUCAGGGAAUAACAAAAACCAGUCUUCAAGUUCUUCUAGCUCAGGGAAUAACAAAAACCAGUCAUCAAGUUCUUCCAGCUCAGGGAAUAACAAAAACCAGUCUUCAAAGUCUUCCAGCUCAGGGAAUAACAAAAACCAGUCAUCAAGUUCUUCCAACUCAGGGAAUAACAAAAACCAGUCUUCAAAAUCAUCCAGCUCUGGUAAUCACACUAACCAGUCAUCCAGCUCCGGUAAAAAAAAUGAAUCAUCAAAAUCCUCAAACAAAAAUAAGUCCACAAAAUCGAAUGCUUCAAAAGGUGGAAAGAAAGAUAGUGGAAAUAAUUCAAAAGGAAGUAACAAAGGGAAAACAAAAAAUAAUCUUCCAGAUGAAAAGAAAUCAAGCAAUAAAUCGACUGCAUUAGAUCUAUUAAAUAAUAAAGGUGGUAUAAAAGAUUUAGUUAAUUACACUAAGAAAGUAAUGGCUGAUAGAGAUUUUGAUUUGCUUGUAAAUACGGAUUUAUUCUUGACAAUUUUUAAGGAAGAUUAUGAAGCAUUAGCCGAAGUCGCAGAAGACAAUGAUGAUUGGGAAAAGUAUGUUAAAUCAGCUAUAGAAAAUUUCUACCUUGAAUUUACCAAGAUUUAUUACAACUUGGAUCACGUUCAGUCGAAAAAUAGCAGUGAAGAUAAUUACAACAAGGCGUAUGAUUUGACGAUGUUUUUAUUCGCAUCGAGGAAAAACUUCAAUGCAGUAAAGAUGGCAGCACCUGUCAGACGUAUUGCAGAUCUGAUUAAAAGCAUCAUAGGAGGGCCCAUAGAAAUGAUCCAGACCAGCUGUAAGAAAGAUAUGCCAGUCUGGCAAUGUAACAUUGCUUAUGUAUCCAAAUUGAUUGCCGCAGAGGAAUCCUGCCCUAACAUUUGGUACCACUCUUUAGUGUUGGAAACUAUGUUAGAGUAUAAUAGGGUGCAGACUUUAUCUAUAGGGGAUCCUAUAACAAAAACAUUGCGUCAUAUAAAGAGUAAAAAUAAGAGCCCUAAAAACUUAACUCAAGCGUAUAAAGCAUUUGAAUUUAUUCUGAAGACAUUAUCAGAAACGAAGGAGUCUGCAAGAUAUUCGUUACAACUUCGAGCGAAAUUGUACCAAUUUAUAACUGAUUUGCAAAAUGAUGGUAACCUUGAUUGUAAUAAUAUCAGUACUCCGCUAUACGUCUUUUAGAUGAAAUAAAAUU